GCGGCGCCGCCAGCAUCGGCAGCGAGCGGCACCAGCCCCAGCCCCGGCAGAGGCACGGGUAGGCGCACGAUGCGGCUGCGGGACUUGAUGACGGCUGCGGCAUCGCUGUCGCUGCUGUCGCUGCUGGCGUCCUACCGCCUGACGACACCGCAGCGGCGCCCGCCCAUGCACUCCGCUGACGCCGACGCCGAACACUUGUCCGCCGACCACACGGAGCGCAUCGCACGGCUUCUGCACCAGAUCGAGGAAGAGCAGCUGAUGUCUUUGGACGAUCGAUGGCCAUUCGUCAUCAACGACACCGCUGAAACUGGCGCGGAGCUGCGGUCGCUGUCGGGUCGCGGGCUGUGCGUGUGGCUGCGCUCGCUGCCCGCGGCGCUGGCUGCCCUGGGGGGCGCCUGCUACGCGCUGCCGCACCACCUGGACGCCCUGCUCGCCGACGCUGACGCCGACGUCGACGGCGAGGCGCUGUGGCACCUGGGCGACCGCACGCUCCACACUCCGCAGCUCUUCACUGCUCUACGCUCCAAAGAGUACGGGCUGGGCGGCGUGGUGCGGCGCGUGUCGCGGCGCCAGGCGGCGGUGCUGGGGCUGGCGGUGCGCGCGCGGGUGCCAGCGCUCGUCGCCUCGCUGUGCCCGCUCCAGGUGUUCGGCCUCGACGACGCCGUCGUCAGCUUCGCGCACGCCGCGGACAAGGUAUGUGCUUAUGCAGACGACAUGACAGCGACAAUGAACGAGUCUUGGAGAGAUGUAAAAAAGGGUCGCCAUAGCAGCAAGUAA